AUUUAAGACGCGGGUGGGGCCACGGCUGUGUGGUUGCCGUUGCCCCUUUAAGAAGGAACCACCUCAGCGCCACUUCCGCUUAGCCGAGCCAAUCGCGUCUCAGCAUUCGCCGCUGCGCGUGACGCUCGGCUUCAUAACGUCCGCUUUGUCCUGAAGCGCCCUCUUUCCAAAAUGGCGGCCCCCGAGCUGCGCGCGGUGCUGGAGCAGCUCCUGGAACCGGAUAACGCCGUGAUACAGCAGGCCACCGCCCGGCUCCGGGAGGCCUUCGCCGAUCCCCGCACCCCUCAGCGCCUCGCGGACAUCGUGGUGGGCGCCGCGCGGCCGCAGGUGCGCCAGCUGGCCGCCGUUCUGCUCCGCCGCCGCCUCUCAGGGGAAGAUGGCGGCGCCUGGAUCCGGAACUCAGGCUCAGGCUCCCAUCCCUAUUGGCUGAAGCUCUGGAGAAGGAAACAGACGGAGCUUUGCCUCGGGGGGCUGCAAGCCGGGACCCCCCCCCAUAGCAUCUCCUACGCCUUGAAGGCCAUCGGGGGGCUGGCGGCCGCUGUGGGGGGGACGCAAACGGAUUUGCUGCGUUCGCUGCUCCCCGCCGUCCUGAGGGCCCUCAGGGCUCUGAUCGACGCCGACGAGGAGCUGGGCGCCGACGCUUUGGAGGUGCUGGAUGAACUGGUGGCCGCCGACCCCAAAGCCGUGACCUCUGACCUCCGACCUGUGCUUGACCUCUGCCUGCAGGUGGGCGGAGCCGAUGGGCGGGGCCAGGCGGUGAGAGCGCGGGCGCUGGCGGUGCUGGGAUUCCUGGCCCAGGAGCGGCCAAAGGCCCUGCUGCCCUUCCUGCCCGCUCUGCUCAGCUCCCUGCUCUCCCUGCUCUGCUCCCCCCCCUCCUGCUGCCCCCCGGAUCCCGAAGACGCCGAACUUUGGGGGCCGGGGGGGGGAGGACGGGGGCAGCGUCCGCCAUUGCGCCGCUCAGGUGCUGAACGCCUGGCGCUGGGGAUCCCAGCUGAGAAGCUGCUGAGGGAAAUGGUUCCCCGUUUGGAGGCUCUGCUGGGCAGCGCGGCGCCGUGGGGCAGAAAAGGAGCCCUGCUGGCUUUGGGGCUGCGGCCGACGGCUGUGGGCAGCACUGAGAAAACGCCCGAGGCGGCGGCGCUGGCUUUGGAGGCGCUUCCAGCCGCGUUGGCGGCACUUCCUGUUUCGCUGGAGCCGCUUCCGGGGUCGCCGGAAGUACUUCCGGGGUCACGGGAUUGGUUCGUGCUGAGGGAGCUGCUGGCGGUGGCCGGAGCGGCGGUGGCCCCCCAAGCGGAGGCGAUUUUGGGGGCGCUGCUGGGGGUCCUGGAGAGGGGGAGACCCCAGGAGAUGGAGCUGGCGCUCAGCGCCCUGCACGAGUUGGGCGGCGCUGUGGAGCAGUUCCCCGUUUGCCCAGCAGGGGGCGCCGUGGAGGCGGCACUGCUCCGUGUGCUGCAGCUCCCAGACCCCCAUCAGCGCUCAGUGCGGCUGCAGGCGAUGGAGGUUUUGGGGGCGCUGGGUUGCGGCCCGGCGGCUUUGGGGGCGGCGUUGGAGGCGGUGCUGGAAAUGGCGGCCAAUGGGGAGGCGGAGGAGCGGCGCGUGCUAUUUGGGCUCUGUGGGGCCACAGCCGAAGCCCUGCGGGAGGGGGCGGAGCCAAUGCUGCCCAAGCUCCUCCCCCUCCUCCUGAACAGCCUCCAAGCUCCGCCCCCUGCGGUGCCCUCGUCUGCCUCCGAUUCGUUCCUUCUCUUUGAUGCUGCUGAGGACGAGGAGGGGGCGGAGCCAAUGGACGGCGAGGAGGAGGAGCACGUGAUGGUGGAAGUGGGCGGAGACUUCGUGGCGGAAGUGGAGGCGGCGUGCGAGGGGGUGGGGCUUGUCGCUGAGCAUUGUGGCUCCGCUUUUGAGCCCUAUUUCUCCCCUGUGCUGGAAGCGCUGCUGCCACUGCUGGAGUUCCCACACCCGGAAGUGCGCGCAGCUGCCUAUGGGGCACUGGGGGGGCUGAGCUGUGGGGCCGGCAGAUCUAUGGGGCACCGAGAGCUGCAGGGCCGGGCGCUGGCGGCGCUGCUGGGGGCGGUGAGGGCGGAAAAGGGGGCGGGGCCAGCGAGGGCGGGGCUUACGGCGCUGUGCAAGGGCCUAAGCCCCGCCCCCAGCCCCCAGCUGCUGCACGCCAUUGGCUGCCUGAUGGCUGACGUCAUCAACGGCAAGGUCCGCUGCCUCCAGGAUGGAGAUGGGAGUGAAGAUGAUGAAGAAGAGGUGGAAGCCACAGCAGAGCUGAGGGAACUGGCCGGGGAGGGGCUGGCGGCGGUGGGCGGGGCUUCGCCUGGGGGCGGAACUUUGAGUGAUGCCUUCCGCCAAGCCCUGCCAACCCUGUUGGGCUGCCUGAGCGGCGACGUGGCGCAGCGCUCCUGGGCGGCGGCCAUCUUGGGUGAGGCAGGAGUACACCUGGAAGAGGGCGUGGCCAAAGAGCUGCUCCCUCUGAUUGGCCCCGCCCUCGCUAGAAGCUCCGCCCACGAUCCGGAUCCGGAAGUGCGAAGCAACGCCCUCUGCAGCAUCGGGCGCUUAGCGGCCAAUGGGGUCCAGUUGGGGGUGGCGUGGCCGGGCUUGGCUGCCAUUGGCCGAGCGCUGCGGGAGGAGGGGCCGGGCAGGGCGAGGGACAACGCCUGCGGGGCUUUGGUCCGCCAUAAGGGGGCGCUGCCGGAUGCGGAACUGCUGUCUCUGCUGCUCCCUGCGCUGCCGCUGACGGAGGAUUUUGAGGAGAAUUCCGCCGUUUUCGGGUAUUUGCUGCAGCUGCAGCGACAGCAGCUCCUCCCCCACGCUGAGGAAAUGCCGCGGGUCUGCAGCACUGUCGGGAUGGGGAGAAUGGAAAAAGAUCUGGAGGCUGCAGUUGUAGGGCUGCUGCUGGAGCUGUGGAGGAGCUGCCCCAUAGAAGUGGGGCGAGGAAUGGAGCGGCUGCCCCAUAGCGAGCGGGAGAGGCUGCAGAGGGCCAUGGGAUUGGACGACGCAGCCGCCAUGAUGCCAACACCUGACCAAUAAAAGAAUGAAGCCAAA